AUGGAUGGGAACCUGGGACUGAUUGGGGUGUACAUCGAAAAGGAAGUGGCUCUGAAGGUGUACAUCGAAAAGGAAGUGGCUCUGAAGGUGUACAUCGAAGAGGAAGUGGCUCUGAAGGUGUACAUCGAAGAGGAAGAGGCUCUGAAGGUAUACAUCGAAGAGGAAGAGGCUCUGAAGGUGUACAUCGAAGAGGAAGUGGCCCUGAAGGUAUACAUCGAAGAGGAAGUGGCUCUGAAGGUAUACAUCGAAGAGGAAGUGGCUCUGAAGGUGUACAUCGAAGAGGAAGAGGAUCUGAAGGUGUACAUCGAAGAGGAAGAGGAUCUGAAGGUGUACAUCGAAGAGGAAGUGGCUCUGAAGGUAUACAUUGAAGAGGAAGUGGCUCUGAAGGUAUACAUCGAAGAGGAAGAUGCUCUGAAGGUGUACAUCGUAGAGGAAGUGGCUCUGAAGGUAUACAUCGAAGAGGAAGUGGCUCUGAAGGUGUACAUCGAAGAGGAAGAGGAUCUGAAGGUGUACAUCGAAGAGGAAGUGGCUCUGAAGGUAUACAUCGAAGAGGAAGUGGCUCUGAAGGUGUACAUCGAAGAGGAAGAGGCUCUGAAGGUAUACAUCGAAGAGGAAGUGGCCCUGAAGGUAUACAUCGAAGAGGAAGAGGAUCUGAAGGUAUACAUCGAAGAGGAAGAGGAUCUGAAGGUGUACAUCGAAGAGGAAGUGGCUCUGAAGGUAUACAUCGAAGAGGAAGUGGCUCUGAAGGUGUACAUCGAAGAGGAAGUGGCUCUGAAGGUAUACAUCGAAGAGGAAGUGGCUCUGAAGGUGUACAUCGAAGAGGAAAUGGCUCUGAAGGUAUACAUCGAAGAGGAAGUGGCUCUGAAGGUGUACAUCGAAGAGGAAGUGGCCCUGAAGGUAUACAUCGAAGAGGAAGUGGCUCUGAAGGGAUACAUCGAAGAGGAAGAGGAUCUGAAGGUGUACAUCGAAGAGGAAGAGGAUCUGAGGGUGUACAUCGAAGAGGAAGAGGCUCUGAGGGUGUACAUCGAAGAGGAAGAGGCUCUGAGGGUGUACAUCAAAGAGGAAGUGGCUCUGAGGGUAUACAUCAAAGAGGAAGAGGCUCUGAGGGUGUACAUCGAAGAGGAAGAGGCUCUGAGGGUAUACAUCAAAGAGGAAGAGGCUCUGAAGGUGUACAUCUAA